AUGAGCUUUCUAGCCAGAACAGCCAGAGCUGCAUUCCUUCGCUAUUAUGCUACUGAAGCACCAGCUGGUUCAGGUGAUAGACUACGUUUAAGUUUUGCACUUCCUCACCAGACAAUUUAUUCAAAUGUUGAAGUGCAACAAGUGAACGUUGCUUCGACGGCGGGAGAUAUGGGUAUUUUAGCAAAUCAUGUUCCAUCCAUUGAACAAUUAAAACCAGGUGUUAUUGAGGUAUUAGAAAAUCCUAAUACAAUCAAAAAAUACUUUGUUAGUGGAGGAUUUGCCAUUAUCAAUCCAAAUUCAUCACUUGAUAUCAAUGCGAUUGAAGCUUUUCCUUUGGAGGAAUUUUCAAUCGAGAACGUUAGAACAAACCUGGCAGAGGCACAACGUGUCGCUUCAACAGCUUCCACAGAAGAAGAAAAGGCAGCAGCUAGAAUUGAAGUAGAGGUUUAUGAAGCACUUCAAGGUGCUUUGGGUACAAAAAAACAAAAUCCUCCAAACAUGUUUCCUACAAUUCCAAUGAUGGAGUUGGAUGAUGAUGACCCACCAGAUUUUUUACCCGAAUUUUCAAGGGUAACCACAGACGACGAUAGUGCAUAUAAAUCUUGGACAUGUUUAUACCCUGUUUAUUUCGAUUCAACAAAAUCUGUACAACAAGGAAGAAAAGUUAUCAAAGAUAUUGCUUCUCCACAUCCUUUAGCAAAAGAUAUUGCAGAAGCUGUAAAAAUUAUAGGAUUAAAUAGUUUAUAUGAGCCACAUAAAACACAUCCUCGUGAUUGGGAAAAUCCUGGUAGAGUGCGCGUACAAUUAUUUACUGAAAAUAAAAGACCUUUUAGGUCAGAAAUUUCGAAUCGUAAGGAAUUGAUUAAAAGUGUAGCACUAGAAUUAUCAAAAAUUCAAAAAAUUAAUCCACAACAAUUUCCACCAAGUCAUUCUCCUGCAACCUUUAGUGGUAUAUUAAAAGAAGGAAAAGGUGGUGGUGAUAUUGGUGGAGCUAGUACUAGUAAUAGUUCAAGUGCUUUGGCUACUGCUGCUGCAGGUAGUGGUCAACCUACUUCAUCUAGUGGUUCAACUUCGUCAUCUUCCAAAAAGAAGGGAAGGAAAAGAAAAUAA